AUCUGUCCUAUUCUCUUCGACCGUGGACUGUCGGUGGCCAAUCGGAAUACCUUGCCGUCUCGGAUUUUUUUUGUGCGGUAGACAGUUCUGGAGCGCGCGGUUAGAUUCGGUUUUUUUUAUACCACCAUCUGCUAAGCUCGUUCCAGCAUAUAUCGUGGGAUGAAUGAAUACUUUUUUUGCGAAGUGCAAAAAGUGAAGUGAUCAUGUUAUGAAUUAGUUUGGUGAUAGAUCUUCGAGCCUGGAAAAGUCAUUAUCGAAAGUGCAGUCGUUGGGUGUUUGAAUCUCGUUAAAAUUCCACUGACCGGGAACGGAUCUAGAAGUAACAAGUGCUGACAGUGUCCGAAAAAGUUUCAAGCUGUUAGUCGUAACUUAAAAUCGUUCAUAUUGGGUGAAAUAUAUUUAUUGAUUUUUCCCGAAAGUUUUGUUCCUUGCAAGCAAUUUUGGCUACUGCCGUACCGAAGGAGAAAAAGUGUUCAAGUGGUGGAUAAGCUCGCGGGGAUGUUUUAUGGCUAAGUGAAGCUACGAUGACAGCUAACUGGUGGAGGAAUAAUUUACGCCUGUGGCCGUUACGGGUCUCGACGGGUGCCCUUUGGUCGCCGGUUUCGGUGACGCGGUUGCUGCUGAUGGUGCUGUUACUGACAUCAACCGUUCGGUCGGUGGCUGGACAGACAAUUUACGAAGACUGCGAGCAACCACCGGAUAUAGCUCAUGGCAGUGCCCGGCUAACCGUUGAUCCGAGUGAGGAAUUUGUAACGGCUCACUAUAGUUGCACGGCGGGAUACAGGAUGGAAGGAAAGGUCGACAUCAGGUGCGAUAUUGAUUCGGACGAGUGGCAGGUCGAGGAGCUUCCCAAAUGUGUGCCAGAAUCACCCGACGACGGUAGUGGCGGCAGUUCCCAGCAGCAGCAGCAGCCAAAGAAACGCAAAGGUUCCCGAGGUCAAAACAUCCAAGAGGAGACCGCCGUUAGCAGUGACAUGGCCUCGCAGCUUGAUUUGUCCUGUAUGGCCCAGGGCUUGAUUCAUGCGCCCGAGAUAGACAAUGGCUACGUUGUCAAGUACAACAGGCGAAAGAAAGACGACCACAUUUUCCUGGUCGCUUUCUACGAGUGUGAUGACUACUAUGAACUACAGCCACCAGAAACGGAUCGAUUGUUCUGCAGUGACCAGCAAUGGAUCGGAACGAAGCCCAACUGUGUUUCCACGCGGCCGGAAGGGGAGGAGGAGGAGGAUGAUGAGGGGGAGGAGGAAGAAGAAGACUACGACGAGGAAGAUGAGGGAGAAGGAGAGGAACAGCCGGAGCCCGAGGAGGAUAAGACCAAUCAGUUGUUGCCUGAAUCAAUGCCAACAACAACAGCAACGACGACGACGACGAUGACGACCACUGAACCGUCAGUGAGUGAACAAAGUGCCACGGAAAAUGUGUCUCAUUCCGAGCGUAGUGGAGAAGUUGAGGCGGAAGUGGAAAACCGGGUGGUUACAGGAGUUGAUGAGGAUACGAAUCAUGAGACAGCAGACACUAGGGAGGGUGAAAACGAAGAUACUAGUGAGAAAAUAAAUGAAGAAGAACUGGAUCAUCAGGAGGAAACCGUUCAAUCAAGCAGCACUAGUACAACCACCGAGCAGCCCAGGGAAGACGCUGCAAUUCGCAUGCCCGACUGUGGAGCAGGUCGUGGUGGAUGUGAACACGAAUGUCAAAUGGUUCAUCGUGGGAAUGAGGUACACCCAGAGGUGCAGUGUUCGUGCUACAAUGGAUUUAUUCUGGAUUCGCAGGAUGGGCGUUCAUGUCACGAUAUCAACGAAUGCGACAACGAAAACGGGGGCUGUCAACAGAUUUGUACCAACAAACCGGGUUCCUUUGAGUGUAGCUGCCAGUCAGGACUACAAAUCGACGUUCUCGACGGUAAAAGCUGUAUCGACAUCGAUGAAUGCCAGGACGACGCUGUAGCUAAGCAAUGUUCGCUGGGAUGUGAAAAUACGCACGGCUCGUAUCGCUGCCUGACGGAGUCGGCAUCUACCAGCACGGAAAGGACUUCCCGCGACAACGACGACGACGGCGCCGACGACGGUGAUGAAGAUGACGGUGAUGGUGAGGACGACGGUGGUGAGAACGAGGAUGAAGUUGAUGAGGAAGUCGGGAAUAAAAUUGAGAAUGAGAUUGAAGAAAUACAAACGGAGGUGGGGUCUUCCAGCGUGACUUCGACUUCUACCACAACGGAAAUGCCUGAAAUUGAUGAGGAAAUCAACGGCGAGGAACAAUUGAACAAUGAAAUUUCGACGGUUGAGCACGAUGACCGAGUGGACAAUGAGUUGCCACCAUUGACACCGGAAGUCGAUCGAUCACACAUUGAAGAGGGCCUGGAAUUGCCCAGUGGCAGCAAAAUUGAUGAUGCUGGAAAUGAUGAUGAAGAUGAUGGUGAUGAUGCAGAGGAUUUUGAUAGGCGACAAAAUGAAGUGGAGAUUCAUCAUCAUCAUCCACAUCGUCACCAUCACGGCGAGGUGGGACGCGAAGAGGGCGCCUCGGUGGGGUCUGAAUUUAGCUCAACAACCGUGUCGUAUUCGAGUGCGAUAGACCAGGACGAGAACCAGGACCCCGUGCAGGAAAGUGAGAACGAUAUUGAUGAUUAUCUUGAGCCGCAGUAUGCAUCUUCUUCCACGACGACCACCAGCCCUCGUCCAAUUGUUGAAUGCCGUGAGGGGCUUCGAGUGAAUGCUGAUGGCGUAUGUGAAGAUAUCGACGAAUGCGAGGAGCAGGACCACGGCUGUGAGUACUGCCGAAAUGCCUACGGCGGGUACGAGUGUACCUGUCCGGCAGGUUUCGAACUGGCCGACGACGACAAAAGCUGUCAAGAUGUGAAUGAGUGUGAAAGCAACGAUGAAGACGAUGACGGCGUUAACAUGGAGGAAGCAGAGAUGAGCUCGGUUGGUGUUUGUUCACACGAGUGCGUCAACACGGUCGGUUCAUUUGAGUGCCGAUGUCCGGAUAGUUUUCAUCUGAACAAUGACCGAAGGACGUGUGUGAGGGAUUUCUGUGCUGAUUUGUACGAGAAUCCGAACAAAACGAGAUGUUCGCAUGAGUGUAAGGAUGGCACGGAAGGGUUCACGUGCAGUUGUCCGGAGUUUUAUAUUCUGGAUGAAUUUGAUCGGAAGACGUGCCGGAAUGUUUAUAGUUGUGGUGAGGAGUUUAAGAAGCGCUGUGAUCCGGGGGUGUGUAGGGUUAUUGAAGGAGGCGACUAUCGGUGCGAGUGUUUGGCUGGAUAUCAGCAGCAUGAUCAUAGUUGCCAUGAUAUUGACGAGUGUGAACUCGGUAGACAUAUGUGUUCACACGAUUGCUACAAUACGGCGGGUUCCUAUGAUUGCGGCUGUCCUCGAGGGUUGAUGCUUUCGACGGAUAAUCAAACGUGCGAUGAUGUUGAUGAAUGUCAACAACAAGACAAUGGUGAUUUGUGUGGAGAUUUGCAGUGUUUGAACACUUACGGAAGCUAUAAAUGUGUGUGUCCUGAAGGCAAGGAGUUGGACGAAUACGGGAUCUGUCGACAGAUGGAUCUGUGUACAACGGAUAACGGAGGAUGUUCGCAUCUGUGUACGUUCUUUAAUCGGGAAACUUUCUGUGACUGUCCGGACAGUAUGGAGCUGGCGGAUGAUGGAAAAACUUGUGUUGUAAUCAACGAAUGUGAUUUGAAUAACGGUGGAUGUUCGCAUUUUUGUGAUCCACAUUUAGAAAAUAUAUGCCAUUGUCCGGAAGGAUUUACUCUUGGAGCUGAUGGACAAAAAUGUCAUGACGUCAACGAAUGCUUGGAUAAUGAUGCAGGUUGCCAACAGAAGUGUAUUAAUUUGGAAGGAAGCUAUCAAUGCGAUUGCUUCGAUGGAUUUGUGAUCUCUAGGAGUGACAUUCGCGUCUGUUUGGACGUUGAUGAGUGCUCUACAAAUCAGGGUGGUUGCGAUCAUCACUGUCAUAACACUGAAGGAUCUUUUCAUUGUUCUUGUCAAAUUGGGUACCAAUUGACAGAAAACGGAAGAAAUUGUUCGGAUGUAAACGAAUGCGACACAGAAAACGGUAAAUGCUCUCACAUAUGCAACAAUCUAUUGGGAUCCUACCAAUGUUCAUGUCCAGAGGGACAAUAUUUAACUGACGAUAAGCAUUCGUGUGACUUCAUAGAUGAAUGCGAAUUGAACAAUGGAGGUUGUUCCCACACGUGUCACUUCCAUCGAGGUGUCGUAACUUGUUCUUGUCCGAAGGGGUUCGAGUUGGAGGGAAACAAUUUUAAAACAUGUGUUGACAUCAACGAGUGCAGCACCGGAAAUGGAGGUUGUUCAGGCAACUGUGUCAAUCUACCAGGAAGCUAUCAUUGUUCAUGUCCAACUGGGUUCGAACUGAGUCGCAAUAGACACUCUUGCGAAGAUAUCGAUGAAUGCAUUGAAAAUAAUGGGAACUGUUCGAACAUUUGUAUUAACCUGAUCGGAGACUUUAAAUGCGCUUGCGAGGCAGGUUUCGAGUUGGAAGAUGAUCAACAGACUUGCCGCGAUGUCGAUGAAUGCACGAUGAAGAUUCACGACUGUUCGCACAUUUGCGUGAACGUUCCGGGGACAUUUGAGUGUGAUUGUCCUGCCGGAUACGUGCUGGGAAGGGACCAAUUCAGCUGCGAAGAUAUUAACGAAUGUGAGAGCUCGCCGGAUCGAGGAGGCUGCGGACAUCACUGUAUCAAUCUACCCGGAUCGUAUCGUUGUGGAUGCGAAGAUGGUCACCGGCUGGAGUUGAAUAACAGGACAUGCUCGGAUAUUGACGAGUGUACGGAUGAGCUGAAGAAGUGUUCGCAUGAUUGUUUGAACACGAAGGGUGGUUUUGAGUGUUCUUGUCCAGCUGGAUUAAGGCUACACGUGGACGGAGUCUCUUGUUUGGAUAUAGACGAGUGUAAGAUUAACAGCUUUAAUGGAGGUUGUUCUCAUAUUUGCGAGAAUGAGCAGGGAAGUUUCAAGUGCGGAUGUCCAGACGGGUGGGUCCUCGGAAGUGAUCAAGCAACGUGUGAGGAUGUGAAUGAGUGUUCGACUAUGAAUGGAGGAUGUAGUCAGCAAUGUGUCAAUCACCGGGGAGGUUACAGGUGUGAGUGCAAUUCCGGAUUUGCACUAAUGGCUGACAAUAAAACUUGCGAAGUGAGUAAUCCAUGUGCUUUGCGGAAUGGAGGCUGCGAUCAUUUUUGCAGUUUGAAGAACAGUGUCUCGGUGUGUUCUUGUCGAGAAGGAUAUGUUUUGAAUAAGACUGAUUUGGCUAGCUGCGUUGAUCACGACGAGUGUCGUUUAGCUACGGACAAUAAUUGUCAGCAGAAAUGCGUCAAUACGGAUGGUUCCUACAGCUGCGAAUGCUACACGGGGUACGAAAAGAACGAACUUGGCCAGUGUUUAGAUGUUAACGAAUGUCUGGAGGAAAAUGGAGGUUGCGGAUCCAAUGCCCGAUGUCUCAAUCUCGCUGGUAGUUUUCGUUGUGUGUGCCCUCCGGGUUACAAAAUGGGUAAAGAUCGCAGGAAUUGUUUUGAAAUUAAAAGUAACUGUCAACCGUUGAAAGCGCCAAACAAUGGAGAUAUUAGCUGCUCUCGGUCUCGUCACAAGACACAGUUGUUUUACAGAACCAAGUGUUCAAUUCGGUGUAAAAAGGGCUUCAAACUGGUCGGUCCAGCUGUGAAACAAUGCAACGGAACUGGUCAUUGGGAUGAAGGAGAAACCCUCUGUAUUCCUCAAUCCUGUCCACGCCUUCAACGACCGGAACACGGAACGAUUCUUCCAGUAGCAUGUAUGUCCGGAAAAAUCUACGCCGGUGAACGUUGUGUGCUUCACUGCAAGCCCGGCUUCAAACCGGUCGGUAAGAGAACCGCUGUUUGUGAUACCGAGCAAAAAUGGACACCUACACCUAAUCUGCGAUGCGUUCCGGUAGCUACUCCAACUCCAGUUCCGAUUAAACCGUACAUUCAGUGUCCUUCUGAUGUUCAUGAGGUGCUCCCCGUGGGCCAGUAUACGAUGAAAAUUCGAUUAGAGCAACCAAAGACAAACGUGGAUUGGUACAAAUACGUGGAUGCACACCCUGCUUGGGGCAAGCAGCUGGAGACUGAACUUCCCGUGGGAGAAACUGCGGUGAUGUUCCGAGCGAGGAGUCCCAAUUCCAAUAUGAAUGACGUUUGUCGAGUAUUGAUUAGGAUACGAGAACGAGUGCCACCUCAGGUUGCAAACUGCCCGGAAUCGUUCAACGUUCAGUUAGAACGGCAAGAGACGUCACGAUCUGUUUUCUGGGUCGAGCCCCACUUUGAAACGGAAUCGGAAAUCAAACAGGUUUACAAAUCACACACUCCUGGACAUGUGUUAAUCGCCGGAGUACAUUACGUUAACUAUGUAGCAACGGAUGCCGAUGGACUCAGUGCCAAAUGUAGUUUUGGCAUCACGGUGAAAGCAUCACCGGAAGCACGACGACCGAUGCAGCGACCCUACGACACCAACAAACUCGAAAACCAUGAAUCGUUCCUGAUAUGUCCCGGCAGAUCCCCGAUUCGGAUCGAUGCCAACGAUCCCGUAAGUAGACUGCAUAUCAUUUUUCACACCAUUUGGCAUCGCUAUCACGGCCAGCUGCCUCUGCACGAACCUAACCAAAGCCGAAAAACUACCAGCCAAAGCUACGUGCCAUCACAUAAAUCUAAUCACGGUGCGGGCCGCAUCACCCCCAGCUAUAAUACGCUAGCGACAGCAACCAUCGAACCAUUGGACGUCGCUGUCACCUCCGUCAGCAAUUCAACCGCCACCCACACUAAACACAAUCACACAAGCAACAGCAUGUCACCCGCGGCAAAGAAACAUAGCAAUCAUAAUGAUAACUCUCAAAGCAAUAGUCAUAAUCAUAAUAAUCGUAGAAAACAAACCAUACCACUUCGACCUCCCUCCCCCCGUUCGUCCUGGUCUAGUCGACGUUCGCGUCGACCCUCGUCCACUUCAACCGUGGUCCACAUAUGGGACUGUUUGGAAGAAGAAAGUGACGACGUCGACGGCAAUGAAGAAGACGAUGCCGAUGGGGACGAGCUGGCCCGCGAGGGGGAGGAUGAUCAAAGCCAAAGCAAUCAUAUCGCAAAUCAACAUCAACAACAUAGCAAAGAGUAUUUCAUCGAUAUCUAUCAUUGGCUGGUGCACCAUCGUCAUCAGCAUCGGUCACGGACCUACUAUUAAAUUAUUACGCUUGCAUGGAUACAUUUACAAAACACCCGCAGCCAAAGGCCAUGUUUCGGUGUCACGAUAGACGACAACGGUGGGGUUUGUCCUGGAGGGAUGGUUGCGAACUUGUUUGGUAAUGGGGGGUUUGUUGAGUGAUUUGCUUGCCCUAUUUAGGUCAACCGGAGUGCAGGACGUCAAAUCCAUUAAAUUAUGCACAUUUUGAUGGAUUUCUAUGCACGUUGAACAUUGAUUUUGAAACAUGCAAAACUAGAAAAAAAUGUUUGAAAUUGGUAACCGA